AUGGCCCUGAACCAAGAGUUCUGGUUGCAACAGAAGCGGCGUGAGGCGGAGCGUUUAGGCUUGGCUCCACCGAUGGCGCCGGGCCUCACCGGCCCCACGGGCCUCACCGGCCCCAUGGGCCCUACGGGCCCUACGGGACCGGUGGUCGCUCCCCGCCCCAUGAUGGCCCGGCCGCUCAUGCGACCUAUGGGGAUGCCGGUGGCAGGUGCUGCACUUCAAGCCAUGGGCAUCCCUUGGAUGCCGCCCAAGAGGCCAGCGAUGGCGGCAGCAGCCACCGAUCAUCAACACAAAGACUGGAACUCGGAUGAUGAGGAGAUCGACGAGUUUGGACGCAAGAAGAGGCGGAAGGUGGCCAAAGCGAGCCAGGCGAAGGCCUUGGUGGGAGUUGGGGCGGAAGAGGAUGGAGCAGGUGUGUGCAUGGUGAUGUAUGACUGCAUGACACGGCCCUGGGAUUUAUUUCGAGUUCAUCAACAUGGAGCUUGA